GCUCUUCUCGCCGACCGAGGUGGCUCCGAGAGCGCGUUGUUUCGUUCUCGCUCAUUUUGAUCGGCCGUUUCGGCUGGAAAGCCGUGGCCCUGAAACCCGCGACCUGGCUGUCUGAACGCAUUCGCAGUGCUCUUCGGUAUGGGCAAACGCAAAUCUUCGCGAAAGCCGCCCAGCAAGGUCCGGCUCACGCUGGACAGGGAAUUCAACUGCCUGUUCUGCAAUCACGAAAAGUCCGUGAGCACCAAGCUCGACUUUAACAGCAAUGUCGGCUAUCUCUCAUGCAAGGCCUGCAAUGUCAAGUUCCAGGCCAUUAUUAACGCUUUGAGCGAGCCCAUCGACGUAUACUCCGAGUGGAUCGAUGCAUGUGAGCGUGCCAACGCCCAGCCCGCCGACCGCCACCAGGCAGCCUCCCCAACGUUCGACGACGCAGACGACUACUGAGUGAUUGGCGGAUGCCUCUCGAUGGCAUGCAAAUAUUUAUUCGUCGGCCCCGCUGAUAGCAGCAAGCGCUGCUGUUGGCUAGCAUAGCACCAAGGACUGUGGCUUCACCCGCCCCCGCAAGCCGCUCUGUUUUCCAAACUGAUCUUGCUGGACAGAGAGGUGGCGGCCCCCAGGAACUUCUGCGGAACGGCUGUCAUAAACAUAUCCUCCAAUAAAGCCAUUGCUCUCCGGCCGAGCGCCCAGCCAGACAGAGCAGCCAUUCGACUCGCAC